AUGGGGAAUUGGGCAGAAUUACCGUACGAUCUCAUUGUUUUAAUUGCAAAACGUUUUAAAUUGCUCAAAGAUUUCAUACUUUUUUGUUCUGUUUGUACCACAUGGAGAAUUGCUGGUACAAAGGAAAUUUAUAAAGUGCUUCCGGGGCCACAAGUUCCGUUGCUAAUGCUAGCUGAUAAAGAUGAUGAUUAUCGAGAAUUUUAUUCUCUUUCUGGAGAGAAAGUUUCAACCAUAUUUCUCCCCGAAGCUAGAAAAGCAGAGUGUUAUUCAACAAAGGGAUGGCUAUGCACCGUCGCCUAUACUAUUAUAGGAGAGAUGAACUUGUUGCAUCCUUUUUCCCGUACCCAAAUUCAACUUCCUUCGGAAAAAGACUUAUGGGCUUUACAGGGUUACGGACCAGUUGAAGCGAGAGGUCUCUACCAUUGCGUGGAUAAGGCGAUCUUAUCUGCUAGUCCUUCUAUUACGUCAGAUUAUGUGUUGUUGGUCUCUUAUUAUGCAGGGGUUAAUAAUUUAGCUUUUUGGCGACCUGGAGAUCUCAACUGGAAUGUAAUAGAUAUAAUAGAUGAAGAAUGGGGUGCAUUCUCCGAUAUCAACUAUUAUGACGGUCAAUUUUAUGGAGUCACGAAUGGAGGCGAUGUUUGGGUUUUUGACAUUGCAGGGCCUAACGAUCCUAAACCACCAAUUGUUGAACCCCGCUUGCUUGUUCAUCUAGAAGAUGAUAUGUUUGGACAAGCCGGAACUGAGUUCUACCUAGUUGAGGUAUCAGGUGCAUUAUUACUUGUUGCCCGAUUUUCCCAUGGAGGUGGGAGUCUUACUUUUAAAUUUAAAGUGGUGGAACUAGAUGUAAUCAAAGGUGACAUCAAGGAGAUGAAGACUUUGGGAGAUUCGGCGAUUUUCUUGGGAAGUAAUGCAGGGGUUUCUGUUGAUGUAUCUAAGCUUACAGGAGUUAAGCCUAAUCACGUAUAUUUUACUGAUGAUUGGGAAGAGCAAUUUACCGAGAUGGAAGGCGGUGGUGGAAAAGAUAUGGGAGCUUACAAUCUUGAAGAUGGAAAAAUUGAAUCUUUUUAUUCUGAGUUGUCACUAAGUCCUAUUUGCCCGCCAACUUGGGUCACACCAUUAUUUUUUCCAAUUAAAAGUUGA